AUGAGGGGAGGAAAAGUACAACCCGUUUUGGAAGGACACGCUUUGGCGUCUGCAGCGGAUGAGAAAAUAUUUUUGGUCUAUGAAAGAGAGUUACUUGUUCGACGAGGCACUGGGGCACCCAAGACGGCCGUACCACAUAGGUAUAAACAUGAAAGGAAAACCCCAAACCCCAUUGUGUAUGCGUGUAAUCUAGCAUGGGCGCGCCUAGUGGAUUACAUCAUUUAUCCUGAAAGACGUGUGUGUCAACUUAACCGUUUUCUUUCUUUUUAAGAGAUCAGAUGCUCGCUAAAGACGAGUGGAACAAACAAUCAUGUUUCGACCGGCGCUCAGACGAGAGGAGUAAAAACGAGCGAGUAUCCAUCCCUUCGACAUAAUCAUUUCUUUUUUUGUUUUUGUUUUUUUUUUGUUUGUUUUUGUUUUGUGGUUUCGGGUUCAAGAGGGACGGUGAAGAAAAUAGAAACAAGACACGAGAACACAACCGACGAAUUACACACCGACCCACAGUGCACUGGCAAGUCGGAGGUGCUCCGUCCCCAUGAGAGACACGAAAACAAGAAACCCACAACUAAGAUAACGCACAAAGGAAAAAAGAAUAAAACUUCCCUAUUUUAGUUUUUGGCAGUUGGUACGUUUGAUUCUCCCGCAAUUUUCUGGAAAUUUACUUUUAUUGGGUUUUUCUUCCCCCCAAGAUUUCACACUUUUUU